GCUCUAGGGCGACGAGUUGGUCUGUUAGUGAACAUCACCGUCACUCGACGUUCAAACAACCCUAAAAUGGAGGAACCUCAGAACGGGAGGGAGAGUUCGUCCAUGGCGGAGAACGAGGAAGAACCAAUGGUCGGUCCUGGUCCGGCCCCUCAGUCUCGUCCCAAGCGUCCUCUGCAAUUCGAGCAGGCAUAUCUCGAUGCGCUUCCGUCCGCUAACAUGUAUGAGAAAAGUUACAUGCAUCGUGAUGUGGUCACACAUGUUGCUGUAUCAGCAGCAGAUUUUCUCAUAACAGGAAGUGCUGAUGGGCAUUUGAAAUUUUGGAAGAAAAAGCCUCUUGGAAUUGAGUUUGCAAAGCACUUCAGAUCCCAUCUCGGUCCCAUUGAAGGGGUGUCUGUUAGUGUUGAUGGGUUGCUUUGCUGUACAAUUUCAAAUGAUCGUUCCGUCAAGAUAUAUGAUGUUGUCAAUUAUGACAUGAUGGUGAUGAUACGCUUGCCAUUUGUUCCGGGUGCAAUUGAAUGGGUUUACAGGCCUGGAGAUGUCAAAGCCAAGAUUGCUAUUAGUGAUCGUAACUCUCCAUAUGUACGAAUAUAUGAUGCAAGAGCUGGUUCAAAUGAACCCAUCAUCUCCAGAGAGGUACACAUGGGCCCAGUAACAGUUAUGAAGUACAAUCAUACAUUUGACACUGUGAUAUCUGCAGAUAGCAAAGGAAUAAUUGAGUACUGGUGCCCUGCUACACUGCAGUUCCCUGAAAAUGGGAUAAGUUUCAGAUUGAAAAGUGAUACCAAUCUUUUUGAAGUUGUGAAGUGCAAAACUACAGUUUCUGCGAUUGAGGUGAGUCCGGAUGGUAAGCAAUUCGCCAUUACAUCACCUGAUCGUAGGAUACGUAUUUUCUGGUUUAGAACUGGUAAACUAAGACGAGUUUAUGAUGAAUCUCUUGAGGUGGCCCAGGAUCUCCAGAGAAGUGAUGCGCCCCUUUACCGGCUGGAAGCAAUUGAUUUUGGACGAAGAAUGGCUGUUGAGAAGGAAAUUGAGAAGACAGAAAAUGUGCCACAACCAAAUGCAAUAUUUGAUGAAAGCUCCAACUUCAUUAUAUAUGCGACUCUUUUAGGCAUAAAAGUUAUUAAUUUGCACACAAAUAAGGUGGCCCGAAUUCUUGGAAAGGUGGAGAACAAUGAUAGAUUCUUGAAAAUUGCACUGUAUCAAGGUGACAGAAGCAGUAAAAAAGUAAGAAAAAUUCCAGCAGCGGCAUCAAAUGUCAAUGAGAGCAAAGAGCCCUUAUCAGAUCCUACUCUCUUAUGUUGUGCUUUCAAGAAACACAGAAUCUAUUUGUUCAGUAGGAGAGAACCAGAGGAGCCUGAAGAUGCAACCAAAGGAAGAGAUGUGUUCAAUGAAAAGCCUCCUCCUGAUGAACUUUUGGCAGCAUCAGAUAUUGGAAAAGCUGUCACGACAUCGCUUCCUGACAAUGUGAUCUUGCACACGUCACUGGGUGACAUCCAUAUGAAACUAUAUCCAGAAGAAUGUCCAAAAACUGUGGAGAACUUCACAACACACUGCCGGAAUGGUUAUUACGAUAAUCUCAUUUUCCACCGGGUCAUCAAAGGCUUCAUGAUACAGACAGGAGAUCCUUUGGGAGAUGGCACUGGUGGGCAGUCUAUUUGGGGGAGGGAGUUUGAGGAUGAGUUUCACAAAAGCUUACGGCAUGACAGACCUUUUACUUUGUCAAUGGCAAAUGCUGGGCCAAACACUAAUGGAUCUCAGUUCUUUCUUACAACUGUAGCGACGCCAUGGCUAGAUAAUAAGCACACAGUGUUCGGUAGAGUGGUGAAGGGAAUGGAUGUCGUACAGGCUAUAGAGAAGGUGAAGACAGACAAGGCUGAUAAGCCAUAUCAAGAUAUUAAAAUCCUGAACGUGACUGUUCCUAAAUCUUGAAAUCCGUUCUUUGAAUGGAAUUUCUUACCGUUCGUAGUGUUGAUGCUCUUGGCAGUCAUUGUUUGUUCUGCAAUGGUACUUCUGUUUUCAUAUAUAUUCUUCCUCAUACUAUUUUCCAGAUUAUUGUUU